AUGGCGCUACCGCUGCGCAUCUCGCGCCCCCCCCUUCCCUGCCGCCGCUCGUCGCCCGAGCACUCCCAUCUGCGCUCUCCGCGGCCUCCUCUGCGCCUGACCGCUGCGCUCACCACAGCGCCUGCCGCCCUCCGCACAGCGCUCCCCCCAGCCACAUCGCCGGCCGCCCCGCCUCGCGCCGUCCGCCGACCCACGGCGUGCCGCUCCGCGGCGGAAGCGGCUGGGUUGGCGUCGUUUCCGUGGGAGAACGCGGUGCCGGGGGGAGGGGCGCGGGGCGGGGAGGAGGAGUGGGGGCGGGGGAACGCGGAGGCAGCGGCGGGGGAUGUGGAGGCUGACGUGGUCAUUGUGGGUGCUGGCGUGGUGGGGCUGUGCAUCGCUGACGCACUGCUGAUGUCAUCACCCGACACCAGAGUUGCGGUGAUUGAUAGUGCUUGGCCCUGUGCCGGGGCUACAGGCGCAGGUGAGCGGCGCAGUGAGACGCGCAGGGCAGGGCUACAUCUGGAUGGCGCAUCGCUCCCCGGGCGGUGUGACAUGGCAGCUAGCGGAGCACAGCAAGCGGAGGUGGGAGGAGAUGGCGGGCGGGCUGGAGGCGGACCACCGGCGCCUCACAGGCUGCUCCCAGGGGCUGGGGCGCAUGACCACAGGCAAGGGCUCAGCGGCUGGGGCGCAUCAAUACAGGCAUGGGUUGUGGACGUGCGGUGGCUGAGCAGCAUAUUGGUGCCAUCACAGCCGUCCCACGCAGCCCCACUGGAGCAGCACCACCAGGCGCUGCAGCAGGAGGGGCUGCCAGCGCACCUGCUGUCCCCUGCCGCCCUGAGGGACGUGGAGCCGGCGCUGCAGCUGCCGGCUGGGUGCUCGUCCGCGCUGCUGCUGCCCUCCGACUGGCAGCUCGAUGCCCGCCUCGCCAUGCACGCCCUGCUCGCUCGGUGUCGCCAGCAUGCCGCAUCGGGGCGCUACAUGGAGCUGUUUGAAGAGAGCGCCACUGAAUUCCUCUGGGCGGCAGGAGGCGGCAGGGUGGUGGGAGUGGAGACGGGGCAGCGGAGGGUGGUGGCAGCGCAGGCGGUGGUGGUGGCGACGGGCACGUGGUCCUCGGGCUUCAUCGCCCACGCCCUGCUUCACACCGCCCCUGCCUACGCCACCGCCCCGCAAGCCUCUCAUGAUGGCCCUCCCACAGAGGAGAGUCCAAGCAGUCUGGGCGGCAGUACAGCAAGCACCAGGGAUGGCAGCAGGGAGCAGGAUCCGGUGGUGCCUCACGUGCGCCCUCGCAAGGGCUUCCUGUUGCAGCUCAAGGACGUGCCCCCCUCGCUCUCCCUGCGCCAUGCCCUCAUGGAGUUUGACUACACCGCCAACUAUGCCGCCCCCUCAGCUCCCACUGCCUCGCCUGCCACCCCACGGCUCUCUCCCAGCCCCACCACCACAGCCACCAUGCAGCCGCCCCCGCCCGCUGCCAUCUCCAUGACUGCCACGUGCGACCACCUCGGCCACCUGCUCAUCGGCAGCAGCAGGGAGCUGGCGGGUUUCAGUGUGGAGCCCCAUGCGCCCACCAUCGCUGCCAUUGUGCGCCGCACGGCCAUCUUCCUGCCCUCCCUCGCACAUCUGCUGCAGCAAGCAGAGGACGAGGCAAUAGCUGCUCGGGUGAAUGUUGUUCGCACGGGGCUGCGCCCAUAUGCACCGGAUGGGAGGCCUCUGAUUGGCCCCGUGGACUCACUUCCAGGUGUUCUCUUUGCAUUGGGCCACGAGGGGUCGGGCCUGCUGAUGGCGCCAGGCACAGCUGACAUGAUAAUGGCAUAUCUGGGGCGAGGCAGCAUGCCUGUGGACGCCCAUCCCUUCCUGCCUCAGGGGCGUCUCCUCUCACUGCAGCAGUUGCAGCACAUGCAUCCUUGA